AUGUCGAGUAUCAUGAGCAAGCGCCAGCAGGCGCGGAACGAAAAGGCCCUGCAGGAUCUUGUGCAGAACACCCCGGGCAAUAACAUGUGCGCUGAUUGCCACGCGCGUAAUCCAGCUUGGGCUUCAUGGAGUUUGGGCGUUUUCCUAUGCAUGAGAUGUGCUGCAAUUCAUCGAAAGUUGGGUACUCACAUCUCGAAAGUUAAGUCCCUGAGCAUGGAUAGUUGGACGAACGAGCAAGUCGACAACAUGCGAAAGGUCGGAAAUAUCACAUCCAACAACAUUUAUAACCCCGAGCAUCGCAAACCUCCCGUCCCGGUCGACGUUGACGAAGCGGAUUCUGCCAUGGAACGAUUCAUCAGACAGAAAUAUAUGAAUAAUACUGUUAGUGGAACGGGAAAGCCUAGAUCUCCUCAUAUAGACGAAGGGACUCCUCCGCCACUGCCGCCUAAGAAUUCGAAGUUCGGAUUCCGAUCAGCUUCAUCUAUUUUCCCUCUAUCGUCCAAGUCGAAGAAAGAUGCCAAAACCAUUACAGCUGCGCAAGGUGGACGUAGCGAGUCUCCAAGACCUCCUAAUAAACCAUCAAAAGUGUUCGGCGCCACCUUGGGUCUUGAUCAACCGGAUGACAUGGAGCAAAAGCUGGCUAGGCUACAAGACAUGGGAUUUCAGGACCCCAAACGCAAUGCUCUGGUGUUAAAAGGUGUUAAUGGCAACAUUGAGCGAGCGAUUGAGACUCUUGUGCGAUUGGGUGAGGGUAGCGGUCGACCCUCACCUCUUCCCACCCCUUCACCUCGGGAACAAACUCUGCGAACAUCAAGGUCUUUGACGCCUCUGACACCGAGUUCUGGGGGACUAGGACUCGGCGCAGGUCUUAGUGUUCCCAUCCGUUCAGCUACGGACCGUCCCACUACUCCAUCAAGUGCUUCGACAAACCCAUUUGAUAACUUGGGAAUGGCUCAGCCCCAGACGGCCCAGUCGACGGGAAGCCUUCAUAACCGGAACCCAUACGGCCAGACAAACCCAUUCGGUGUGCCAGCCGCUCAACAGCAACAACCGACAGAUGCAUUCAGCCAGGCAUUCCAAAACAUGUCUCUCUCUCCCCAACAGCCUCUGUUCCCUCACCAUACUGGAGGACCGGCACCACAGCAAGCACCUCAGGCGACAGGAUACCAACAAGUGGCUCCGUCAGCGCCAACGACCCCGAGCGGCUUCUCAACUCUGGGCUUCAGUAGCAACAUGACAUACCCACAACCAGUCCAAGCGCAGGUGACUGGAUAUAAUCCCUUUCUAGCGAACACCGCAGGUGCAGUCCAGCAACAGCCGCAACAAGGGUCUAAUCCCUUCCCUCAAGUCAACACCAACCAAGCACCUGCUGGAUACAAUCCGUUCGCUCGAUCCCCAACUCGAAUCGCAUCACCAAGUCUUGGCCAGAUACCAGAGCAAACGCAGAGUUCGUUUCAAAACGCACCUGUUUAUCAGGGAUCUGCUGUGUAUCAGAGCCCGGCUCCUUUGAGCCCCCCAGAAACAAGCACGAACCCGUUUUUUACAAAUGCUGGCCAGCCUGUGGCGCAAACAAGUCAACAGGUCUUUGCGCAACAACCUGUCGUGCAACAGAUGCAGAGCCAACCUCAAGCAAGCCACAACCCCUUUGUCCAGCAGCAACCUGGACAGCGAUUCCCUGGACAGCAGCCUCAAAUGUACCUGCAGCAGCAGCAACAGCUGCAGCAGCAGUUUUACCAACCUCAAAGACCAGACAAGGCCUCGAUCAUGGCUCUUUUUAAUAGCUACCCUCAAACGGUACAACAGCAGCCAGGUACGGCUGCGGCUCAGCCUUCAUAUCAGGUUCAGCAGGCCGCACAAUAUACUCAGCAGCCAACCAUUCCAGAAAACCAGCCCCUGCAAGCUCCAAUCGCACCUGCGCAGCAGCAACCAAGUGUGCCGCAGCAUCUAUCAUCUACCACGAACCCUUUCAUGAGUGGUGCGCCUUCUUCUGGAGUCGCUAGUAACCCAAAUACUGCGACCACUUCCGACCCAUUUGCUGCAAGGAGCAGAGAGAGCAUGAACCUCGGCCUUGACCUGGCGUGGACAAAUGGGCGACACAGCCCAGAUGCAUUCGCAAGCCUUAGUGCACGACAUGGAUGA